GCUCCCGGCGAAAACAAAGCUCAGAGUAGCGGAGACGGUGGGGGAUCUGUGCCACCGCCAAGGGCUGCAGUGGAAAGUGAUGCGGAUUAGCAACACCGAAUAGAUCAUAACGGCCGACCGUCAGAGGAUGCGAACUCAGUGAUGACCCGCGCACCUGUGCAAGGGGGGUUUGUAUUUAGGCGUACGAGUGCUGAGCUCGUCGCGCUGAGAUCUCGGAGCAGCCGGCGCAGCUUCUACUUGUCUACUACUGCCAUGGCGUUUUAACCAGAUGGAACACAAAGACGGUAUACCCGCCGCUCCACGCGCACAGCACGGGAGACGACGGGGCGCGCACAAAAACGAUUCCUUGGAUACCGUGCGUGAGCAAAAUCUCGGAUCUUCAAGCAACUGAAUGUUCAUUUGGACGGUGUUCUCUCGGCAUUCUCGGUGUAUAUGCGCGUUUGCGUGCCUGUGUUUGCCCUAUCUCACUCUGAACAAAGACCAUCGCGCAGACUGGAUGUAGCGGCAGAUCGAGGCUCCGUCAGGACAGCGCGCGAUGGCCGUGGUUCGGAUGGACCACCCGCCCGGGAACGGCCUGGUCGGGCCGAGCCCGGAGGCGACGCCCUCGAGGCCGUCACUGCUAGCUCAGGUGGAUGGUGUGGUGUUUCCUUUCCUCGGGGGGUUCGGGAGAUAUCAGAAGCGGCUCAUGCUGUUGUCAUGGAUCCCAGUGCUUCUCAUCUCAUGCAACCAGUUCUCGGAUUAUAUUCAUCUUGCUCAACCCAACAUAACAUGCACUGGGAAUGUGACCGGUGCUGCGGAUGCCGAUGCAGUCCCCCCACUGAACGGCAGCACGCGCACGCCGUACAUAACCGACAGUUACGAGGAUAACGGAAUGCAGUGCUCGUGCUCUGAGCGGCAGAUACAACUUGAGUUUGGCCUGAAACAGAAUGUUAUUACUGAGUGGUGGUUGGUCUGUGAAGAGCAGUGGCAAGCGCACCUCACACAUCUCUCCUUUCUUUUGGGAACCGCAAUCGGAGCUCUGCUGACUGGAGCCAUGGCUGACUGGUGGGGCCGUCUACCAGUGCUGUGUAUGAGCGUGUGUGUGACGACUGUGAGUGGGAUGGCUGUAGCGUUCGCUAGAAGCGUACUGACCUUCUCCAUCCUGCGCUUCGUCCAGGGAUGCAGCUUGGCGGGCAUCUCCCUCUGUCUCUACCUCUUGAGGAUAGAGCUGUGUUUACCAGCCUGGCGUUUCUCCAUGACGAUGGUUGCCAAUGUUCUGGCAGUAGGCGGGCAGUUAUUACUGCCAGGUUUGGCUGUCCUGUCUAUUGAUUGGCACGUCCUUCAGCUUGUGCUCGUCUGCCCAUUGGCCCUCAUAUUGACUUAUGCAUGGCUUUUUCCUGAGUCAUUGCGAUGGCUGCUGGCAACUCAGCGUUUCGUGAGGGCCAAAGGUCAAAUGUACCUGGUUGCCCAGAGUAACAGCAUUGACACCGAGACAGAUGAAACUGGCAUCCUCUCAGCCCUGGAAGCAGAGCUACACCAGACUCCUGAGAGCUCCUGCAUCCUGCAGAUAAUCCACACCAGGAACAUGUGGAAGAACAUCCUGGUGCUGUGUGUCAACUCGCUAGCCAGCAGUGGUAUGGGUCAGUGUUUUGUGCGUGCGGUCACUGGCGGCUCCUUCUCCCCCUUCCACUACCUGGUGUUGGUGGGCAUCUCCAUGGGGGGCAGCCUGGUGCUGGCCACUGUGGUGCUGGUGAUGGGCAGGAGGGGCGCCCAGCUGUCCUUCAUGAUCAUCACAGCCCUGGCUUCCCUGUUGCAGCUGGGACUGCUCAACCUGAUUGGGAAGUACAGUCUUCGACAUGACAUAGCUCUGAGGGACACUCUGAACAGGCGCUUGUCUGUGGCCCUCUCCGUGAUUGGAAUGCUCACGUCCAACGCUGUCAAUCACCUCAGCUUGUUCAUCUGUGCUGAGAUCACGCCAACUGUCAUCAGGGGCGGCGCUCUGGGGCUGUUGAUGGCGAAUGCAGCAGUGGGCAUGUGCGUGUCCGCGUUGGUGGACCUGCAGAAGUUCCGUGGCUUCUUCCUCCUGAGGAUCAUCCUCACCUGCUCCUGCCUCCUGUCAAUCAUCUGCAUCCCGUUGCUCCCGGAAACCACUGGCCAACCGCUGCCAGAGUCGAUGGCUGAGGGGGAGGGGCUUCUGCGCAGGCCCCUCCCUUCAGGCGAGCAACACCACCUCCUCACGAGGGUGGAGGUCGCCGAAUACUCCCGUGUGGCGAACACGCCGAUGCAUCGCCAGGGAAAUGACACAGCCAAUGGAAUAAGGACAUCAUAGGUCAAAAACAAAUGUAAAAAUGGACUCCCCCAAACACGUUAUGGGCUCCAUGAGUGGACGUCUGCUUCGUCUUACAAAGACACUCAAUCAUGAGUCUCUCUCACACACACACACAUAAACAUAUCUGUAUGUUUGUUGGAUCAUGAAAGUGCCGCAAAAAGACAGGAUUUCAACUUGCAGUUCUCAUUUCCAAUAAUCAAUGCAGUUCAAGAGACAGUAAAUGUUCAGUCUGAACAUGUGGGCAAUACUUAUAAUAUUUUGUUGUCCUCCACAGGAUAAUCAAUUCUGUAAAACACACACACACACACUAUCAAAACAGUUUGUACCUAAUGCAGCAUAACUCAGGAUGGAUCAUGAACGGUGUGUGUGUGUGUGUGUGUGAGCAAUAGACCCUUGGUUCACUUCAGGAGGGUGUUUCAAGUAGGUGGCUUUGUGUGAAACCUUAGUAAUUUAAGUCAGGGCUGUAGUACGAAGCGAGGUAAAUGGCUAACCUGGGACACUUUGGGAGUAACCACUGAACUCUGCACUGAAGAGCUAUUGUCUCUGAUGUGCUUUUUGGAGACCAGUGGUUACUAGUUACCUGGGUAAGCUUGCUGGGUAACCUUGCUUAGCCGUACAACCCUCAUAUGUUGAACUUCCUAACAGAAGACCAGUAUAGCCUCAUUCUCCCAGCACAUCAAAGCCUAUAAGGCUCUUCUGUUCCCUUCCCGUUACCUCACUUCGUAGUACAGCCCUCAGGUUUGUAACCAAAACCUAUAAUUGAACCCCCAGAAUAGUUUGAUAGAACUAAGGGAUUUGAUGGAUACAUUUGAAGGGAUUUUAGUCUCCUCACAAUAUCUGAAGACAUUUUGUGAGUGAUUUUUAAGAACAGUGACUGACAGGGCAGUCACGCCAUGGACAACUCAAGUGAUUAUGCCAUCGCUGUUUAUAUGUUUGUAAACUACUAUUUUUUUUGCACUAAUUUCAUAAACACAAUCAUGUGGAGUGGUUGAGAGGAGAGCAAGAGUGUACAACACGGAUGAGUUUGUCAACGUCUGUCUGGCCAUUGACGGUGUGAAACUUAACCUGAGGCCUUGCUACAAGGUACAGACACUGGGUCACACCUAUAUGUGUGUGAGUGUGUGCGUGUCUGUGAGGUCUUGUUUGUUUAUCUAGGAAGGUGGCAAUGAAAGGCUGCUACUCGGCCUGAGGCUACCACAUUGCGUUAUUGUGGGAACAUGAUUUUUUAAAAAAAAACAUUCUUCAGAACCACUUUUCAUUAAAGACUUUUUUGUA